AUGGAGAGGAAGGACAGGGUCACGCUCACACAGCUCGUGCGCUCGCUCGACGCCCAGCUCCCGCUCAUCCGCGCCUCCUCGUCAUCCCCACACCCGCAACUCGACUACCUCGCGCUCCUCAGGCUGCAGAGGACCGCGAAACAUGCGCGACAGCUGCUCGAACAGGCGCGCGACGAGCACGAGGAGGAGAGCAGGCUCGCAUCGACCAGCCACGCCCGCCCGAAGCGAGGCAGCCUUCUGGACCUCGACUCUCGCCUGACUUCUGCCGAACAGGCUCUCGCGCACUUCUCCGACCCUGCUUCCCUCGCCCAACUCCCUCGCCCUUCCUUCCCCGACCCGCUUUUCAGCUCCGACCUCGACUUUCUCCGCCCCUCCGCCCCUUUACCCUUUGGCUUCCCCUCCGAACCGUCCACACCCGCUACUCCUCCUCCGAAAGAGCGCGAGAAGCCCUCCGCGCGACGAGCCGCGCUCGGUGUUGCUGCCGGACAAGCCGAUGAGGAGAAGGAGAACGAGCGACCUGUUUCGCCGGUCAAGGCGGGCGACGAGGCCAUCGGAUCGACAGCGUUUGGACUCCGAUCGGCCGGUGGAGUGCGGCAUCGUGCGGCAGCAGCAGGGGCAGUGCCGCCUUAUCUCGCUGCGAAGCGGAAACGGAAGGAGAAGGAGCGGGAGAAGGCAGAGAGUCCUGAUGCAGAUGACGCGGUGGACGAGAAGAAGAAGGACCGCUUGGCGGCGGCGGCGGCGGCGGACGACCUCCUACCAGCCGACUCGGGCACGUCCGCCACAACCUCCGACCUCCUCUCUCACCACCACGCUCUCCAGUCCACCCUCCUCGACUCGCUCACCUCCCUCUCCGGCGCACUCAAAACCUCCACGCUGACGUUCUCCGACUCGCUCGCAAAGGACAAAGAAGUGAUGGAGAAGGCGAAGGAGCAGCUUGAGGGGAACAUGGGCACGAUGGUCGGCCAGCAGAAAAGGCUCAAGGACGUCAGAGGCAAGACGCGCGGGACGACAUGCUGGACUAUUGGGCUGCUGGCGAUUGUCGCGGUGCUUUGGGUGCUCGUGUUCCUCCUCAUCAAGGUCACGUAG